AUGGCCGCACACCUCGCGAAACGCCUGAUCGGAUCCCGAUCAAGCCAGAUCCUCGGAACUGUGAACUCUAGCUCAGGUUCAGCCACUUCCGUCGCUAGGGCUUUCUGCUCCUCCUCAACCACUCCAAUCACCGCAACCUUGUUCCCUGGCGAUGGGAUCGGUCCUGAGAUCGCUGAAUCCGUCAAAAAGGUGUUUACAACGGCUGGUGUGCCGAUUAAUUGGGAAGAACAUUACGUUAGCACUGAGAUAGAUCCGAGAACGCAGAGUUUCUUGACAUGGGAGAGUCUCGAAUCUGUGCGUAGAAACAAAGUUGGUUUGAAAGGUCCAAUGGCGACUCCGAUCGGGAAAGGUCACCGUUCUUUGAAUCUGACUCUUAGGAAAGAGCUGAAUCUAUACGCCAAUGUUAGGCCUUGUUACAGUCUUCCUGGUUACAAGACUCGUUAUGAUGAUGUUAAUCUCAUUACGAUUAGGGAAAACACUGAAGGAGAAUACAGUGGGCUUGAACAUCAGGUUGUUAGAGGUGUGGUGGAGAGUCUUAAGAUCAUUACACGUCAGGCGAGUUUGAGAGUUGCGGAGUAUGCUUUUCACUAUGCUAAGACUCAUGGAAGAGAGAGGGUUUCUGCUAUUCACAAAGCCAACAUUAUGCAGAAAACUGAUGGUCUUUUCCUCAAGUGUUGUCGUGAGGUUGCUGAGAAGUAUCCUGAGAUAACUUAUGAGGAGGUUGUUAUUGACAACUGCUGUAUGAUGCUUGUGAAAAACCCAGCACUGUUUGAUGUAUUGGUGAUGCCAAAUCUUUACGGUGACAUUAUCAGCGACUUGUGUGCUGGAUUGGUCGGAGGACUAGGAUUGACUCCAAGUUGUAAUAUCGGGGAAGAUGGUGUAGCCCUAGCUGAAGCAGUUCAUGGUUCUGCACCUGACAUCGCUGGAAAGAACCUGGCGAACCCAACAGCAUUGCUACUGAGUGGAGUGAUGAUGUUGCGUCACCUGAAGCUAAACGAACAAGCCGAACAGAUCCACAAAGCAAUCAUCAACACGAUAGCUGAGGGAAAAUACAGAACGGCGGAUCUUGGAGGUUCAUCGACCACAACGGAUUUCACAAAGGCAAUCUGUGACCAUCUCUGA